UUGGCAAAUCGAAGGGGGGCAAAGGGUGGUACUUGUGGUGGAUGUAUAGAGGAAGUAUUCUCUACCUAGGUUCUAUAUCACAAAGUUGCAGAUUUGCCAGUUACCAUUUAGAGAGAAACACAAGUGACCAGCUACGAGUUGCAGGUUCCCAACUGCAAGUGAGAGAUGACGAAUUACAAAUUACGAAGCACAAAUUACAAAGCAUAAAGCAUAAAACAUAAAGCACAAAGCU